AUGGGAGACCCCAUUAACGGCUCCUGCUGCUUCACAAGCGAGGCGGAGGGAAGGGGCCCCGAAGUGCCUGACCUUCGUGAAGGUGCUGAAGUGCCUGACCUUCGUGAAGGUGCUAAAGUGCCUGACCUUCGUGAAGGUGCUAAAGUGUCUGACCUUCGUGAAAGAGCCAGAGCGGCCUUACUGUCAUGGAGGAGCCGGGAGACCGUGGCCUCACGGAAGACCGUGGCCUCAGGAGAGACCGUGGCCUCAGGGAAGACCGUGGCCUCAGGGAAGACCGUGGCCUCAGGGAAGACCGUGGCCUCAGGGGAGACCGUGGCCUCAGGGAAGACCGUGGCCUCAGGGAAGACCGUGGCCUCAGGAGAGACCGUGGCCUCAGGGAAGACCGUGGCCUCAGGGGAGACCGUGGCCUCAGGGAAGACCGUGGCCUCAGGGGAGACCGUGGCCUCAGGGAAGACCGUGGCCUCAGGGAAGACCGUGGCCUCAGGGGACACCGUAGCCUCAGGGAAGACCGUGGCCUCAGGGGACACCGUAGCCUCAGGGAAGACCGUAGUCUCAGGGAAGACCGUGGCCUCAGGGAAGACCGUGGCCUCAGGGGACACCGUGGCCUCAGGGGACACCGUGACCUCAGGGGACACCGUAGCCUCAGGGAAGACCGUGGCCUCAGGGGACACCGUAGCCUCAGGGGAGACCGUGGCCUCAGGGGACACCGUAGCCUCAGGGGACACCGUGGCCUCAGGGGACACCGUGACCUCAGGGGACACCGUAGCCUCAGGGGACACCGUAGCCUCAGGGAAGACCGUGGCCUCAGGGGACACCGUAGCCUCAGGGAAGACCGUGGCCUCAGGGAAGACCGUGGCCUCAGGGGAGACCGUGGCCUCAGGGGACACCGUAGCCUCAGGGGAGACCGUAGCCUCAGGGGAGACCGUGGCCUCAGGGGACACGGUAGCCUCAGGGGAGACCGUGGCCUCAGGGGACACGGUAGCCUCAGGGGAGACCGUCUAG